AGUCGUGGAUCAGGUGGAGGGAGUGGAGAACUGGGGUGAUGCGCUAAAUCAAAGCGCCCGUUUCUCCUGGAAUUGUGCGCAGCCUAGGCAACCGCUGCGAGGAGGAGGCGCGCUGCGACAGGUUGAGGCUUUGGCGGUGACAUGGCCUUCCAGGCUUGUGACUCUCUCGGUCUCUUGGUCUGGCUCUUGCUUCUUCAGACGCGAUUGGGCAAGGCCCGUGUGGUUCCAGGGACGCCGUCUCUUUCUCCUCUCCCCUCAGAGGAUGGCCUAGAUGACCCGGGUGUAAACCCACAAGAGAGGCCACUCAGAGGGAUGCCUGAGACUUCGCUCCCCGUCAAGCCAGGGGGCAGCACGAUGCCCCUUGAUUCGAUGGCAUUUACUCCAGGUCGCUCUUUUUCAACCGUGAGUCUCUCAAGGCAACCGUUUCCAACAUGGAUUCCACCCACUUCAGCUUGUGGCCACAGAACUGCAAGGAUAGUUGGUGGAGAGCCUGCACCAGUGAGGAAGUGGCCCUGGCAGGUGAGCCUGCAGGUCGACAGGCAGCACAUCUGUGGUGGCUCCCUCAUCAGCAAAUGGUGGGUGAUGACUGCAGCCCACUGUGUAUAUGGCCAUCUGGAUUACAUGGUGUCAAUGGGAGAGGCUGACCUGAGGUCCAGAAUGUCUGUCAGGAUUCCAGUCCAAGACAUCAUCGUUCACCAAGAUUACUCCAUGAUGAGAACGAUUGUACACGACAUUGCCCUCGUUCUGCUGGCCUUCCCCGUGAAUUACAGCGUCAACAUCCAGCCUGUGUGCAUCCCUGAAAAGUCUUUCUUGGUACAACCUGGGGCCCUAUGCUGGGUGACCGGAUGGGGCAAAACACUUGAACUAGGUGGUGCGUCAAAAGUGCUUCGGGAGGUUGAGCUGAAUAUUAUUCGUCAUGAGAAAUGUAAUCAGAUUCUCAAGGGCAUCACAGGACACAUAUUUACCCUAGUCCAGGAAGGGGGAGUCUGUGGCUAUAACGAGAAAGGAGGAGAUGCCUGCCAGGGAGAUUCUGGGGGGCCCAUGGUCUGCGAAUUUAAUAAAACAUGGGUGCAGGUAGGGAUCGUGAGCUGGGGCCUUGGCUGUGGUCGGAUUGGAUACCCUGGAAUUUAUACGGAAGUGAGUUACUACAGAGACUGGAUCGUUAAAGAACUGAGUCGGGCUUUGUGUUGGAACUCCUCAGGCUUCCUCAUCUUAAGUAUGUGUCUGGUGCUUCACUUGGGCAUCCUGGUGACCCUGUGAUCCCCACAGCCCAUGGUCCUCUUGUUUCUGAUCCUCCCACUAGGCUUCCCCUCCGACCUGAUCUCCCUGGCCAAUGCUCUUUCUUCAUUUUUUCUACUUGGGAUCAGUUGCCUUAGUGGAGCAGGGCACGGAGUUUAGGACUUGAAAAAUGUCCUGCCCUGGUGCUCUUUGUCAUCUGCCUUGGCUACCACUGUACUAAGGCUGUGCUCUACCUGGAGCGAAGGAGUAUGAACCACUUCCAGAUAGACGACUAUCUGGCCUGCCAGGUGAAGGAAGAUAACUCAUCUUUAUGAGUUAUCUUAGAGAAAGAACAUCUGUAGAGCUGUAGAGGAGAGACUUCAUCAGGAUUGAGUGGGCACUAGACCUAACUGGCUAUUAGUAGCUCUUACCAGAGACUCUGACACACCAGUGAGAUCUGUGAUCAGUCACAGACAGAGGAGGUGUUUCCUGCAGAGGUGUGAGGCUGGGACUUCUACAUCUGGCUCAGUUGCAGUUUGCAGGAUUUUUCCAAGUUCCAUGGUGGGAAUCCAUCUGUGAGUACAAAACUUUGCUACACAAGCCUCCUUCUGGGAACAACCCUGUCUGGUGCCACCUUCAACAGUUCCCUCACGGUUACUUCCAGGGCCACCCCAAAUUGUGGUGGUGCAACUUUGGAGAGAACAGAUGUUAGAUGUAAACUAAAUAAAUGUGUCUCAUGUGUUCUG